CAUAAGGGGUGGGAUUAGGCUGAUUAUGAAUUUGUAGUGAAAUGCUAUUUGUUUUGCAGAAAAAAAUGCAAUAAUAAAUGUUGACAAGCUACGUUAUAUUUCUAAUUUAAAAGAAAUAACGGACAACAUAAACGGUCAUUCUAUAAUUGUGUAAUUCACUUCAUAAUAAUGAGGAUAAAUCUCAAUAUGUUCACAUUAACGGCUGUUUGUAUUAUUCUAUGUAUAACAAAAGCUCAAGGUCAAGGACCAAGUUGCCCCUGGGGCUGGCAGACAAAACAGGGGGACCCAACAUGGCCCUGCUAUCUGGUCACCAACAAGAUACAGAGGACCUUCUUGGAGGCUCAAAAGUUCUGUCAUGCUAUGGGAGGAUCGCUACUCAAGAUUGACAGUUUGCAAGAAAAGACGUGGAUAUUCGGGCUAGUAUCCAACUAUCAGAGGUAUUAUCCCACCCAUCACGAGUGGUGGAUUGGUAUGGAAGACAACGUAGCGCAGACGGCACAGAUCUGGCUGGACCAAUCCCCCGUCACUCAAACAUUUCUCCAAUGGGUACCAGGCGAGCCCCAGCAUUAUGACCCCGCCAACAAGUGUGUGGAAACACUGAAUGGAAAUCUAAAACACCGGAGUUGUGACACCAAUCAGUACUUUAUAUGCGAACGGGCUAGAACUAGUGUUCUCUGGUGCGAUGCAACACGAGCCUGGGAGGUUAUGGGAAACAAAUGUUACCUGAUCGUAAGAAAGUCGCUAACAUGGGAGGAUGCUAGAGCUAACUGUCAAGCGAAUAAUGCAGACCUAAUGGUAAUAGAGGAUGACGAAACGGAGCAACAUCUCUGGGAUUUCAUUGAGGCAAGAAGAGCGGACAUGUGGAUAGGUCUUCGGGCAAAACCGGCACCAUUCGGCUACGCUUUCAAGUGGGUGGGAAUAAGCAACAAAGACUUGGACGUCCUACAUGCUUAUUGGCUUGGAAUGCAGACCACAAACAACGCCCUCCAGACUGUUGUAGAUUCCAAUGGUACCAAUGCGUGUGUGAUCGCAAACCACUCAACAGGUGUAGCCGGAGUUCGGAAUAAUUGGCAAAUGAUGAACUGCGGGGUGCCUGCAUUCUCGAUCUGCCAGAAGGAGCAGGGGCGAUGCGCGGCAGGCUGGAUACGUAAUGGACAGAAGUGUUACCAGAUCAACAACCGGAUUAAGCUCUCGUACAGCUCCGCGGUCAACUACUGUCAACAACAAAAUGCCAUCCUACUUACAAUUAAAACGAACGCCACACAACAGUUUAUAAACAGUCAGAUUUCUGGUUUCGGAGCCCUGCGUGUAAGCGCUAUCUGGCUUGGCCUAUCAGACGCGUCUAUGGCUCAGUGGACUUGGAGUGACGGAAGUGGAUUCCAGACACCACCUUACCAGGAUUUCGACAACCUUGGAGGUCAACCCAUGACGGACCACACUGGUCUCGACUGCUUUGUAAUUUUUACAAACGACAGGAACGGGACGUGGAUACAGUCAACCGGUUGUAACAGCGAGAACAACUCCUUCAUCUGCGAGAUCGGCCUUGGUAUCGCUCCUACCUAUCCAACAAGUCCACCUGGUGCCUCCACCCAACAACCUGGCGUAGUUACUACAGGUGCAGCUUCAUGGAGCAGCGAGUGUGGCCCCUUCUAUGUGCUCGACUCUAUUACUGGCUACUGUUACCGCUUCUCUGACCAAUCCCUGAAUUUCUUUAUGGCGCGGUCGACUUGCGUUAACGACUCUGCUGAUCUGGCUAGCAUAACUAGUUUCCACGAACAGAAUUUCCUUGCAAACCGCAUGUUUGCAUUCCGGUCAGUGGCUUUGUGGAUAGGCGCCGCAAAUCUUGCCCCAAACAAAGGAUAUCACUGGCUAGAUGGAUCUGGCUUCGGCUACAUCAACUGGUCUCCUGGCGAACCAAACAACUUCAAUGGCCAUGAGCAUUGCACGGAGUUUGUCGCGGGAGGUGAUAAUAUUGGACGCUGGAAUGACGUUACUUGUACGAGUCAGCGCGGUUACAUCUGCAAAAAGAAAAGCUCGAUGAUAACAACAACCGCUCCAUCAACAACGCCAACAAUUCCAAGUGGUAAAAUAUACGGUUGCCCAAGUGCCGAUUGGUACCCGGAACAGAACGUGUGUUGGUUCAUCAAAGUCGCAAACGUCACGUGGGCGCAAGCACGUGCAACUUGUCAAAAUAUGACGUCAGAUCUCGCAAGUAUCCGCAACGAACAGGAACAGAACUUCAUGUAUAGCCUUCUGCCGUUGGUAACAUCCGUCAAUGACCAAUUCUGGAUUGGGUUGACGGACGCCGGAAAUCAGAUGCAAUUCCGGUGGACGGAUGGAUCACAGGUUGGGUACACUAACUGGGCCAGUAGCGAACCAAAUAACUGGGGCAAUAGGGCAGAGGAUUGUGUGUCUAUGCACGUGUGGCCGUCUAUAUCAAGGAACGGGGAGUGGAAUGACGCCAUUUGCGAAGACCCUGCCCAGGGCUUCGUAUGCCGCCUCGACAAGGCCCUAGUCCCGUCUGGUACACCACAGAUGGUUCGAAACAAUGGCUGCACUGCAUUUCCAGGGUCUUUUACCUACGGUCCAAAGUGUUUCAAGGUCUUCUCUGAUGCUCCUGAUACGUGGGAUGUUGGCACUUUGAAAUGUCAAGAAAACGGAGGACAGCUUGCAACUAUCGCGAAUGCAUAUCAGCAGGCAAUUGUAGCCUCACAGCUGAAGGGUGGAGGUGCCUACUGGAUCGGACUUAGCACUGCUAGUGCCACCAAUAAUACAAUGGUUUGGGUGAAUGGUUAUGGUCUUGCGUUUUCCGCGUGGGCUUACGGGCAUACAGGAAACGAAGUCAACAAAUGUGUGACAAUGCGGUCAGGGUCUCCAGGGCAAGGUCGGUGGAUGGCACAGGACUGUUUGACGAACCAGAAAUACGUGUGUGAGUACCCGAGAGCGGGAUGGCCACGCCCCUCUAUAACCCCACCCCCUGUCACACAGCGAACGUCCUGUCCGACGGGAUGGAACGAAUACAGCGGGAACUGCUACAGGUUCUACAAUCAGAAGUUGAACUGGUUUCAAGCUCAUGACUCGUGUCAAUCGAUGGGGGCAGAUCUCAUUAGUAUACACUCACCAGCUGAGCAGACGGCUGCAUUCUCCGGACACUACGGGACAACGAUUUGGAUAGGGCUGAAUGAUUUGGACACAGAGAUGGGCUAUUCGUGGAGUGACGGAAGUCCUCUGAGUUACCGUUCCUGGGGCAAUGGGGAGCCUAAUGACGCUGCGGGUACGGAUGACUGUGUGGAGUACGCAUCUUGGAGUCACCGCUGGAACGACAACACGUGCUAUGCAGCCAGGCCUUAUGUCUGCAAAAUCAGGAAAGGUUUACCUAUUCUUACAACCACACCGCCUGCAGUACCAGUUACAAAGUUUCCGUCCUGUCCUUUCGGCCCAUUGUGGCACCGGAACGGAACGAUGUGCUACUAUGUUUCACAGCGGACAGAUGGCGAAGGUGGGCGGGCAACGUGGUACGGGGCACGUGAUAUCUGCGCCAAACAAGGCGGACGCCUGGCUAGCAUCCAUGGAAUUGAUGGGAACAACUUCAUAUUGUCUUUGUUAACUGCGAAUUCCACUGACGACGCGUGGAUUGGACUUGUUGAUAAUGGGGUCAACCAAUUCAUCUGGUCUGACGGGACGCCUCUAGACUUCAUCCACUGGAAUGGUGGUGAGCCCAAUGACUAUCUGGGCAUGGAGAAGUGUGGACAGAUGUUUCAAUUCAGCGGUUACUGGAACGACAAUGACUGUAACAGUAAGUCACACUUCAUAUGCCAGCGGCCCGCCAACUCGCAGGUGGCCUCCGUCACGGUCCCCACCACUCCGCUUAUUUCUGGCGGUUGUCCAGUCGGGUUCAUACCUGUCAACUACGACAACAAAUGCUACAAUAUAUAUGGUGGAGACAUUCCUACAGCCAGACAAAACUACACGAGUGCAUAUGCUGCCUGUAGGGCCCUGGGACCAGGAUAUGACAUCGCCAGUAUCACCAGCCAUAAAGAACUCGCAACCCUGGUGAGUAUAUUCGUCUCAGCGGUACAGGACCAAUCGGGCAUCUGGAUCGGCCUAAACGCCAGAAACCAUGAAAGACGCUACACAUGGCAAGACAGCGCUAGAUUGAACUUCACUAACUGGGCGAAAGGCGAACCAAACUGGAGCGGUGACACGUGCGUAGAGAUAUACACGGACUCUAGAAAGGCGGGACGCUGGAACGACAUCGCAUGCAGUAGGGCUAAUGCGUACAUCUGUGAAACUACGAGAUCCACAGCCAUAGCGACCCCGGCGCCAUCUUCCUGCAUGACCCUAAAUAGCCCAGGAAACAUCGAGAAUCCGAAUACCUUCGAUUGCUACAGACUUCAGACCACACCGAUGACGUGGAAUGAUGCUGUAACUGCAUGUCAGUCCCACCAAAUGACGCUGGCGACGGUGACAGGUGUCUACGACCAGGCGUUUAUUGAUACUCUAAUAGCCGGUUAUAACACUCCUGUGUGGAUUGGGCUUGGAGAUCCGGGGUUAACAGGUACAUACAUGUGGCAAGACCAUUUCCCCGUGUUAUGGACGAGUUGGGCUAAGGGCGAACCUACAUACACAACAGGGGAAGGAUGCGUGACAACAAAUAGUGGACUUUGGAACGAUACGUUCUGUGUCAACAAAUACCCGUCCGUCUGCAAGAAAAGUUUCUUCCCCCCUGGUACGUCGACCCUCAAUCCCGGUGGUUAUUGCGCCAAUAUCACAUGGCAGCAGUUCGGAAACAAAUGCUACUUUCUGGACCUUCAGUCAGCAUUUACAUGGGCGAACGCGGAACAACAAUGUAAAGGCCGGGGUAUGGAGCUCGCCAGUGUAAUGUCAAUGAACGAGGAGAAAUUCAUACUGCAGCUUGUCGACAACCACGAGCUGACGAAUGCUGAUGUAUGGCUUGGUUUCCGUAGAGCAGACAACUAUUUCUCAUGGACGGACAGUAGCCCCACCAGCUAUAUUCAUUGGCGGAGCGCGCCCACCCGCACUAGCGGAAGUGACUGUGUUUAUAUGCACGACGGCGAUGGCACAUGGGACAACACUGAUUGUACGACGAAAAAAGGAUUCAUCUGCAAGACCGCUAAGUUACCAGCAACCUCACCGCAACCGACAACUACACCGAUUAAAACAUUAUCCACGCAGCCCCCUCCAAAACUCUCGUCAUCAGCACAACCAUCAAAGGCACUAACAUCAUCAGCACCUAUAUCAACAACCCAAGUCCGUAAGCAGUCGUCCCGAAGUCAGUCGCCCGUGACGUCCUUUACUCCCGGUAACGGCAUCAAGACGCCACCGCCCUCCAGUAAAACUGGCGCGCAUAUUCCGUCCGCCUCGGAGCUUCAGAAUCAGCAACUACCAAAUCUGCCACCAGACAUGAGCAGCGGUUCCGUAGCCGGAAUAAUAGUUGGAAUCCUCGUUCUUUUGACAGUCAUCUGUUUGGUUUUAAUAAUCCUUAAGCGGCAAAGCGGGGGACAGAUGUUUCAAUUCGCGAAGUUCGCCAAUGGCGACAGUGGAUUUGACAAUGCAACCUACGACAGGAGCAUAGACAGUGUACAAAUAAAUGGCUCAAUGACGUAUUAAUGACUCUUAAAAUGUAUUCAUUCCUUGCAUUUAUCAUUAUUCUACUUCUAUCAUUUAAUCGUUUAACAUGAAUAUGUCACUUGUGCAUUAUUUUCUAAAAUGACUUGAGACCUAAUGGUAUGAGCUCAUAAUACUUAUGUAUAAACUGUUGUAAGAGGACAGAGUCAGUCUCAUACGUUUAUGUUUUGACAUUGUUUAAUUGUAUUCCAUUCUAUAUUCAUACAUUUGUGAUAGUUUGUCUAUUCAAAUAUACGUCGAGGUAUAUUCAUAGCCCUGGUGCUGGCGUCAUUGUCACUUUAGGAGUCGCAGAUAUCUUUACUCAACUGGAAUAUCUAUGCAUGUAUAGCAUGAUAUGUACCUUGUACAAUAUUUCACAUACAACUUGAUAUGUAAUUUGUUUAUAUCGACACUGUUACCGGUAUUAUCGCGCUUAUUGAAAAAUGGUUUUAAUGAUCUUAAGUUCUGCGACUUGAUAACGUUUGAAAUCAGACGAGGGUAUACCUACGUUUCCUACAGUGAGUGAUUCUGUUGUAUGUGUUUAUCUGAUAACACUAUCACUUGAAAAUUGUACAACAUAGUAUGACACUAGAACUAGUGGCUGAAGUAUGUGUUAUUGUUAUUUAGAGUAUGGCCUAAAUGGAGUUACUAUUUGUUCUAUUUUCGUUCGGUGCCAUGUGCAUUUAAAUAGUAUACAUGUUCCAUUUCAAAUAUGUGCAAUAGUAAGAAAAGCGUGUAUGUUUUGUGCUAAUAUUGGUACCUUUUUUAAGCGUCAAUAAUUGUUUAACAGGUUUUGAUAAUACUCAGUGCUUAUAAUAUAAAUAAAUUAGUUUGUGCUUUGUAAAUAAAUUAAAAAAAUA